AUGAGAGUUGGGAUCCACACAGGUAAAGUGCAUUGCAGCGUCUUUGGGAUGAGGAAGUGGCAGUUCGAUGUCAGUUCAAAGACGUUGGUUCGUGAGGUCACCAAUGUUGAUGUCAACAUGAGGGUUGGUAUCCACACAGGCAAAGUGCACUGCGGAGUCCUGGGGAUGAGAAAGUGGCAGUUCGAUGUCUGGUCAAAUGAUGUCACACUGGCAAAUAUCAUGGAGGCAGGCGGUAUGCCUGGGCGUGUUCACAUUACCAAAGCAACGUUGAAGUUUUUGAAUGGUGAUUAUGAAGUCGAAGCUGGAAAUGGCCAGGAUAGGAACACUUAUCUCCGGGAUCACAACAUUGAUUCUUAUCUUAUUGUACCUAAAAAUAACAGACCGAGCGCUCUCCAAUCACCUAUUACUACCAACGGCGAACAUAGAGGGCGGUCUUCAUCGGUGGUGCAGCUUCAGAGCUGGGGAGCAGAGAAGCCAUUCUCUACCAUCAUGCCUGGCAAGGAAUCCAAGGAGAUGAGGCGGCUGGGUUACUCGGAGAAGACCGGCAAAUCCGGAAUGAACAAAAACAUUGAAAAUAGGUUGGGUCUUGAUAAGAACCAGGAGAAGACUGACCCGGAGGAAGAGGUGAAUGAAUUCUUAGGUCGUGCCAUCGAUGCAAGGAGUAUUGACAGGUUGAGAUCAGAACAUGUCCGCAGGCUCACGCUUACUUUCCUUAAAAAAGAUCUGGAAGAAAAGUAUUCUAAGGUUCGUGACCCCAUGUUCAGUUCUUACAUGGUUUGUGCACUUCUCAUCCUCAUCGCCAUAUGCCUUGCACAGGUUGUUGCCUUCCCUAAGACCUACCUUAUGUUAGGUGUGUUUGUUGGUAUAGUUGUCUUCUCAUCUCUCACUUUGUACAUAGUUCUUGCUGAGAAGUGUACGGCCAAUCCCAGUGGUUGCCAGACAGUAUCCAAGGUUGUUUUAGAAAGCAGAAUAUUAAGUUCAGUCUUAGCUGUUUGGACACUCUUUCUUAUGUUUGCUGCUUCCUUUACAAUUAUGUUUGCUUAUGACACGACGUCCGUUGAUGAAUGCGUCGCAUACAAGCUUGACUUACCCAGUGCCGAUGAUGUCAACGUCACCGAUGUCAUUGAUUCCAAUAUCACCUUAGGGCAAGAAAAUCAUCCCGACUGCUGGCCAGAUCAGCCUACGUGUCACUUCCCAAUGUACUUUACCUUUAGCAUUUUGCUCAUCAUGCUGAGUUGCGCCGUGUUCCAGCAACUUGGCAGUCUGACAAAACUUAUAUUCCUUCUUCUAAUUGGUGCAAUAUACCUUUCCCUUAUGGAAACCAUUCAAGUCAAUCUACUCACAAACUAUGAUACUCUACAGCAAGCUUAUGUCCAAAUGUUAGAGCCUAAUUACAUCUCCCUGACGAUAGUCACGCCUGUUAUACUGGUCGUCUAUAUCGUCGCUCUAUGGAUACAUGGGAGACAGGUGGAAUCAACAGCAAGGCUGGAUUUCUUAUGGAAGCUGCAGGCAACAGAAGAGAAAGACGAAAUGGCCAAUCUCCAGGCCUACAACAAACGUCUCCUCAACAACAUCCUGCCGUCCUUCGUAGCCGAGCACUUCCUCAAGAAUUCCGCCCGGGACAUGGACCUCUACCAUCGAGACAAUGACUUUGUCGCCGUCAUGUUUGCAUCCAUCUCAAACUUCUCAGAGUUCUACGUUGAGCUUGAGGCCAACAACGAGGGCGUCGAGUGCUUGAGACUCCUAAAUGAAAUUAUCCAUGACUUUGACGAGAUCAUUGGACGAAAUGACUUUAUCCAGAUUGAGAAGAUCAAGACCAUUGGCUACACCUACAUGGCGGCCUCAGGGUUAACAGAAGAAACCUUUGACAAGGAUGGCAACAGCCACGUCAGCGCUCUGGCAGACUUUGCCUUCUCCCUCAUGAAACAGCUCAAAUACGUCAACGAACAUUCCUUCAAUAAUUUUAAGAUGAGGAUAGGUCUGAAUGUGGGUCCAGUCGUAUCGGGCGUCAUCGGUGCCCGCAAACCCCAGUACGACAUAUGGGGCAACACUGUCAACGUGGCCAGCCGCAUGGACAGCACUGGAAUACCUGAGAAGAUUCAGGUCACUCAAGAUAUGAGGAACAUCCUUCUUCCAAUGGGAUACAGGCUUACAGAGAGGGGCAUCGUUAAGGUCAAAGGCAAAGGCGAGAUGCUGACAUACUUCUUGAUCGGCCAACCGGGGGAUUCAUAGAAUUUGGCUUGGACUCACUAAAGGCCUGGUCCCACCGGCCGUUGGACACAAAACGUAUUCAUAACGGAUACAGCGGACAAGCAGAAUUUCAGGGUGGCUCCAUCCGUUUUUAUCCCCUCCAGACAAUGGACAAAAUGGGCGAACAAUGAAAUCACAGUGGACGGAUGCUCGAUGGAUAUAGAGUGUACAAAACACGUAGGCAAAGUGUACACAACGGAUACAUAGCAUUUUCCAAUGGAUGGCAAGAAUCUUUUCCGUUUUACAUCCUCUCUGCAUCCGUAAGUGCAGUGGGACCACUUGUAAAAAGUUUGUGCCAUGUCUUUUAGCCAGAGUCGUGGUGUAAAGAUGCUAUGUCUCUUUGCAUGGUAGCUUUUCUGAAUUUUCCCCAUUAUUCUGUCCCCGAUGAAAAUAUGCGUGUGGGAUUCCACUAGGCUCUGCCAUUUGACAAAGUGCAUAAAGAGGGAUAUCAUUAAGGUCAACAGGAAAAGAAGAUGCUGCCGUGCUUGUUGAUUGGUCAAUUGGGGGACCCAAAGAAUUUGGUACAGACUCGAUGAGAACUGAAUGAUCAAGUUAAAGGCAAAAGAGAGAUGUUGACAUAUAUCUUGGUAGGCUAGCAUAGAAUUGGGUACAAAACCAGCAAGAAGGGAAACAUCAGGGGAAAAUGAUGAUAUACUGAUAGAAAUUAGAGGGGCUAUGUUAAGUUUAUUAGGAAACUGAAGAUGCUUACCAUGUUCUGCCAGCCAAGGGAAGUUAUAAAAUGGGAAAACAGACUCGCAAAGAGGGGUAUCAUUGUUGGGAUCAAAGGAAAAGGGUAAAUGAUGAGGUUCUCAUCAAUCUCUCAACUGGGGGAUUCAAAGAAUUGGUACAGUCUCAAGUUCAAGGGGCAUCGUUAAGGUCAUCAGGAAACUGGAAAUGUUUACAUAAGUCUUUGAUCAACUAGCCAAAUGGGAAAACAGACUCACAAAGAGAGUAAUUGUUUGGGUCAAAAGCAAAGGGGGAAUGAUGAGAUACUUGUUGAUUUGCAACCAGGCAAUCCAAUUCUCAACUUUGGGGACAUUGCUAAGGUCAAAGGGAAGGAGGAGAUGUACAUUCGUACCAACUCUUGCUAGUAAAACAUAUGUUAUAAAGUUUUGUGUUAACUCACUCCUGCAAGUGAAACAGCAUUGCUGGGUAAUACCUUGAAUACGUGUUGCUUUAGUCAAGCUAUAUGUUCCAUAUAAAACCUCUUGUGUGCUUUUAAAACUUUUUAUAUUUAUUUAUUUAAAAACAACAGGAUUUUCAUUUCUGCUUUUCAUAAUAUCAGGAUGGCCUGAUAAUCAUAGUUAUGGUAUUUUAUUCUUUUUAAUUCCUUAUUAUUAUUUGGCUUGUUAAAUUAUUAAAGAACAAGAAGUUUCCUUGUUCCCUUCAAUAUCAGGGUUACUUCAUAAUCACAUACGUAUCAUCUUAUUUAUAUUUAUAGUUAUAUUCAUAACUAAUUAUCAUUUGGUAUAUUGAAUGGAUAGUAACAUGGAUUUUUUUUUUGUUGCUUUUUGUAAACUAUCAGGGUUUCUAAAUGAUCACAGUUGUAUUAUUUUAUUUCUAUUUAUUUUCAUUCCUUGGUUAUCCACAUUAUCAUUCUUAGCAUUGCUUAUGAAUAAAUUACCUUUCUUCUAAAUAAAUCUAGAUAAAUUC